GGGGUGGUUUGCCAGACAGCUGACGUACAGGGGCUAGAGAGCUGAACCCAAAAUCCCGACGGGAUGGGAGACAACGGCGCUGCCACCACCGCAACUCCACGGCCAACCACCUCCACCGACGAAGAUGCGCUUCUCAAGCAAUUCUUCGCCGAAGUCAGUGAGGUUGAGCGCGACAACGAAGUCAAUAGGAUACUUUCAUGCUUUAAAUUAAAUCCAUUUGAAUAUCUUAACCUAUCAUUUGAUUCAUCCCUAGAAGAAGUAAAAAGACAAUACCGCAAGUUAUCUUUGCUUGUUCACCCGGAUAAAUGCAAGCAUCCACAAGCAAAGGAAGCUUUUGGUGCUUUAGCAAAAGCCCAACAAUUAUUACUUGAUCCACAAGAGAGGGAUUAUGUUCUGAACCAGGUUAAUGCUGCAAAAGAGGAACUAAAAUCAAAGUGGAAGAAGCAGGUUAAGAAAGAUACAGCUUCUAAGUUGAAGUCAUUAGUUUCUGAGGGAAAGUUUGAACAAGAAUAUGAACAAUCAGAAGAAUUCCAGCAACAGCUAAAGUUGAAGGUUCGAGAAAUAUUAACCGAACAAGAAUGGCGGAGAAGGAAAAUGCAGAUGAGGAUUUCUGAGGAGGAAGGUCGUUUGAAGAAGGAUGAGGAAGAACAGAAAGAGAUGUGGAAAAGGAAGCGUGAGCAUGAGGAACAGUGGGAAGGGACAAGGGAGAAGAGGGUGUCCAGUUGGAGAGAUUUUAUGAAAGGUGGGAAGAAGGUGAAGAAAGGGGAGAUCCGGCCUCCAAAGCUCAAAACUGAAGAUCCCAACAAAUCCUACGUUCAACGACCAGUGAAGCGAGGUUAAAGGUUCAUGUACCAAUUAAUUGGAUGUACUAUGAUGAUUAUAACUGAGAAAACUCUUUCAUCCGAGUUUGAGAAAGCUCUAGCUAGAGUUGAUGACUUUGAUAUAUUUGUGUCAGUAUACGAAUAUGUACACUGCUUGCUUUUGGCC